AUGUCGCUAAAUCACGACAGCAAGUCGGACCACCAAGAACGGUCAGGGCCAGCAGGGGCGGAGCACCCUACUGAUCCAUCAACGUCAAGAGAAUUAGCAGGACUCUUGACGAAGAUUGCUCCCAACACACAGUCGCUGAGUGUUACUGCCCCUAGUGAUGAGGUGUCUCUCAUCACUUUGAAGAUCGAAGUGACAAGUGGAAUGUCACUUCGCGCCCUAGUUGACUGUGUGGCGUCAACCGGUUUUAUUCGGCGUCAGUCACUAGAGGAUAGUAGGCUCAACUAUGUUGAGCGAGAGUUCCCUCCAACGAGGAUGAAGGUGUGCCUUGCUUCAGACGCAUUAAAAACAGUGAACAAACGUCUUGUGGGAAUCCACUACACGCUAGAAGAAAAGCAGUACGAUGAUGACUUCAUCGUACCGGAUUUGGAUGACAAAUUUGAUUUCAUCCUCGGUCUACCACGGAAAAGAAAAUACCAGCCAUGGAUCAGCUGGCAGCAUCGAUCCGUGAGGAUGCUUGCCGUCUGUUCAUCAGAUGGACAUCUGAAGCACAUCUUGGGGCGUUUACAAGCGUGUGGAUGUACUACGAGUGAGUUCGAUGGCCUCACUUGUGGUACGGUCGUUAGCAUGACUGCACAGGAUCACAGUGUAAAAGGCCACUGUACUGUGGAACAAGCUUCCGGCACAUGUGUAGAGACACAGGCUGCGCCGAAGGUUGAACAACACGUUGAAGCGAGAUCGACUAUCAGAGAGUCGAUCGUAGAGCAAACACGAUCGACUGAAAGAGAGUCGAUCGAAGAGGACGUGACUGUGGAAGAGCACCCACAGUCAGAACACGUAUUGGAAAAAAGUUCCAGUGUUCCAGAGAGUGACAAAUCCCGAGAGAGUUAUGUUGAGGGUGCGGAUCCUCAACCAUCUGCGGAUGUGUUAUUCCAGAAAAUCACCGAGAAAGUGAAUGUCCUGGUGAGUGACGCAUCAAAGGUAGGCGCUUAUACACUUGAUCUGGUUACACUCCCGAAGUCAGCUUCGGAUGUGGUCAAGUUGCCAACGCUAGAAUCUAAAAGAUUCUUGCGAGAUCUGCGUAGUGACAAGAUCAAGCAGAUCUGCGUACUCGUCACAGAGGACGAGAACGUCACUGAUAUUCGGUCGGCACAAGUGUUUGUUGAGAACGAACGGGUUAUCAGUAGCUCAUCUAUGGACGAGAGUGUCCUUGAUGAGAAGACCCGGAUUGAGCGAUACACGUCUCAAUCUUGGGAGUUUUAA